GGAUCGGCGCGCGGGGCGUGGUGUGCGCCUCGCGGCUCCGCGAGCCGAACCUGGCCGAAGGCGACGUCGCGGAGUUGGGUCGACGGGAGAUGCUCGAGCAGCUGCAGCGGCGGAUGGAUCUGGACUUCCUGCGGUCCCAUGGGCUCAACAAGAGCCUCGAGCGUUUGUUGAAGUCCCUCAGCAAGGCUCAAGUCUUGGCCGCCUGGGAGGCAGCGCAGAUCGCCCAGGCGGACGGUCGACCUCCACGCCCCAAGCGCCGCAAAACGCGCCCGGCGGACGCGUUGCUGGCCACGGUGAAGGCGCAGCUGGCGAGGCUGCCGAAGGACGCGACCGUGGCCAUCCUGCACGAGGAGUGCCAAGCAGAUCUGGACCUCUUCGACCUCGAGAGGCCCUCCGCCUCUCUGCCCACCGCGGUGCUCUUCGUCCUGGGCGCCGUGCGCGACAUGCUCUCCAGCGAGCUCCAUGCCGUGGAAGCAGCCGCUGCGGAGCUGAAUCUGAAGCUGGUGCGCGUGCGCUUGGGCGCCACCCCCGAGUUCAGCUCCAAGGUGGUGCGAUGCUUGGCCGCGGCCGAUCUGCAUGGGUUGGCGUCUCGGUGGAGAACGCGGUGGAGAUGGGCGGUGAGGACAGGACGGAAGGACAGGGCGGGGCAAAUGAAGCAAGAACUGUAGAGAGGGGAGGAAGAAACCUACUGGCAAUGGCCUCCAACCUACUGGUACGAACUGAAGAGAGGGGAGGAAGAAUGAAUGUGUUGAAUUCAUUGAACUAUAGUAACUGUUGCUCCAGAACGACCAGGAAAUGCCUGAAGGGUCUUGACUUCGUAGAACAGUCUGAUUACAUAUUGUAUGUUCCCCGUUGCGCCCGUUCUCCAUCACCCGAUCAUCGGAGAAUCCGCUUUCCGCCUCUAUCAGAUCAGCCCAUUUCGGCCAAUCGCACCCCUUGUGACUGCCAAUGUCCAAGCAGUGAACAAGUACGAAGGACUGCUCCAGCCAACGCAUUGGUCGCGGGAGCCGGCCAAAGGGAAAGGAACCGAAACCGAAGUCUCGUCGGCGCGGCGGUUUCACAGCGUAUCAGUGCUUCAACCGCUCUCUGAGAAGAGGAAUGUGCCACAAGUGAAGAAUGCCACGCAUUGAAGUCCAUUCGGACGGUGCGC